AUAAAUGGUGGAAUAAUUGCAAGGCCAUUAAUAAUUAUGUAACGAACGUGUAAUAAAGUUAGUUGGGUACGUUUUGAAUGACUCUGUUUUUUAUUCUCUUAAAUCAGAACAACAUGCAUUUCCAAGUCAUUUUUAUUGAAUUUCAUCCACGCCACUAGAGGCAAUCCAUUAGCUAAUACUCCCGUGCAGCUUCAGCAGAAAAAGACAAAACAAGCAUUUCAUUGGAACGCUUAAGCUACUUGGUCGUGUUUGCAUUUCUUACAAAAAAUAAAUCGGCACCUAAUUAAAACAGAAUUUGGCGAACAAGAAAUUCCAAGGAAAAUGAUGCACAGAUUUUGUGAGUAGCAAGUAUUCGGAAGGGGUUAUAGAAAACACUACAGGGCUCCGUGAUAUAGGUUGCACACUCGCAGUGUUAAUAUAGGGGCCUUCGCCAGGUGAUUUUGGAAAUUGAUUCUAAUAAAUAAGUUAGAUGCACGUCUUAGUUAUGAAUUUAUGUGUGUCUCAGUGACGGCCAUAACAACGAAAGGCAGUUUCAUCAAAGGUGAACCGUGGCAGACACGUCCAACGAGUUAAGGCUAACGUGCGCGUGUCACAGGCGCCCAAAUGUAGGCGCGUCUGAAUCAGAAUAAGGAAGAGGCUGGGGGUGUAUCUUCAACGGACAUGAACCAGGCUGAUGUCGGGGACGUAAAGAUCUCCCUGGUGCCGCUGGGCGGAAGGGAGCUCAGUAAAUAUGCUCCCCAAGUUGCAGAUGAUGAUGAGGAUGCGGAUGAUGCCUUUCUUACUCCACCAUCUGCAGAUGAAGAGCGGAAGCAACGUGGCUUACGCAGACACCAGAUCAACGAGAGUCCUGACCUGGAAGACAGUGCAUCAGGCGAGGAGAUGGCAACAAAAGCAGUCAAGGACAUUUGUGUAAAAACAUACAGCUAUAUGAGCCCGAUCAGCAGUGACAUUGAUGACAUCCCACAAAGCACUUUUAGAAGAGAUUGCACUAGACAGGCAGGGAAAUGGCACAGAGGCCCUCCCCCAACCCCCAAAAGUGCUGAGAAGGAGGAGCCUAAAAGGGGACGAAAAGCCAGGCAAGUGGAGAGGCGUGGCCUGCACAGCCCAGAUGGAUGUGAGCCAGAGCCCAAAAGUGGCAUUUCAAAAGUGGCCAGAAAGAGAAGGGGUCGACCAAAACAGGCAAAGGAUUUACCAGUGAGUACGCACCUGGAAAUGAGACUGGGCACCACUAGGAGGAGCACAACAGCAAAGCAGCAAAACAACAAACACGACACUUCUACUUGUCUAACAGAGUUGGUUCCCGAGCCCGAAAAUGAGGUCACUGCCAAAACAGCAAAGAAGCAGAAAGCAGCCACCUCCAGAACAUCUCGAGGAAGACAUUGCACUACUUCAGCCAAUGCUGGGAGCUCAGAACACAAUUUAUGUGACCUGGACAACACAGCAGAGAGUGAGAGAAGUGAAAGUCCUGGCCAAACAUUAGACAGCAUGUCUGAUGAAUCAAGGAGCUGUUGCAGGUCCGAGGAGACCAGCGCAGAGGCUGAAAAAGAACUGGACACGAAGAAAGUGAAAACGGGAAAUGACAGCAGAAAGACACGCAAAUUCAGGGACUCUUCCGCUUCCUCCAGUAUGGACGAGGGCAGCAAGAAGCGAGCGGCGAAGCAGCGCAUCAAAAGAACGCAAAAGUGUCGAAGGCGAGCAUUGCCCGCGUCGUCCUGCGAGUCCAAACUCUCAGUGUGUCCUGCUGUUCACCUGUCCAGGAAGAAAGAAAGGAAGGCCCAGUGGGGGCGAGGCCCAAUUGAGUGCGAGGUGUGUGGCCGCAGCAUCCGCUGCCGAGCCAUCAUGGAGCGGCACAUGCUGACGCACACAGGCGAGAAGCCAUUCGAGUGCGGCGACUGUGGCCGCCGCUACACCAGCAGCUCCAACCUGCGCAUCCAUCAGCUGAGCCACAGCGGCGCCAUGGACUUUGUGUGCAACGAGUGCGGCCAGAAGUUCACACACCUGCCCUACUUGAAACGCCACUUGCUUCGGCACGCCGGCAAGAAGAUGCACAUGUGCGACCAGUGUGGCAAGGGCUUCAUCCAGAAGUACCACCUGGAACGGCACCUGCUGUUGCACACAGGCAAGACACCAUACACCUGCGACGAGUGUGGCGCCACCUUCACCCGCACCGACUACCUGAGGAUGCACAUGCGCAACACCCAUCUUGGCCACGGCAAGCGGGCCGAGACGGUGCCGUCCAAGUCCCACAAGUGUGACACGUGUGAGAAAGCGUUCACCUCACGCAGCGUGCUGGAGGCACACAUGCGCGUGCAUACGGGCGAUGCGCCCUUCAGAUGCAGCAUCUGCAUGCGCAGGUUCAAGCAGUCAAGCCACAUGUCAUCACAUAUGCGCACACAUACAGGAGAGAAGCCGUACAUCUGUGAUGUCUGUGGGCUCAGGUUCACACGCAGAUCCUAUGUCCGCGUCCACAAAAGAAAAGUGCAUGGCGCAUCAGAUCAGGUUCCAAGUUGUUAGUUUAUACAGCAUUUAUGAAGUUGAAAAUGCUGAAUUGACAUUAUUUCUUCUUUAUAAUAAAAUCUUUUUAAAUGUUCACUUGUGCAUUUUAAGUUAAAGCCAUUUGUUGUCAUAUGUGUCAUAUAUUGUUUCUUUAAAAUUUCAGCGUGUUCCUUUGCCUUAAUGCGUUAUUGUUUUAAAUGCUGCAUUGUGGGACUAAUUUCAUAUUUAAAUGCCCAUUGUUUUGUGUUACUGGACACAUGAAAAGCACAAUAAUAUGGUUAAGAGGAAUUCGGAGUGUUCCGUUUUGUCCUGCAGAGGGCACUAAACGAUAGAAUUUGUACAGAGGAGAAGUACAAGUCUCCCGGCUUGUUAAAUGCUAGAGGCGCCCGCGAGCGAGUCCAAAACGAAUAGGGGUGAAUGGAGGACAACGGCCUAUAACGAGAAAUUAAAAGUUUUUCACCACUUGUGAAGGAUCUUCCUUUAAUUUUGGAAAUUACAUAAUUAAUUAUGUACUGCACUAAGAAUAGCAAAUAAAAUACACAUACUUUUUUUUCUACAGCAAAGAUGUUGGGCAGUAGGACGCUGGCAUUUCUGCUGCUGACUGCUGAUAGGUGAGCUGACCCUGCAGUAGCAAUAAUCGUGUCCUACUGACCAAAACCCAUUUGCUAUAGAAAAAAAAAGUAUACAGGUAAAUUGUACAUUUUUAGCGUAAUACAUAUACUUUCAAAAGUUAAAGUAAGGAUCUGCUUAUUUUUGUUCUAACGAGAGGAAUAGAAUGUGACCAGGCUCCUCAUAAACCGCUUCUGACUAAACCCUCAUGCUGCACUUCCAUGCCGUUCUGUGCACUUAUAACACAGUACACUUUAGGCUGUGUUCAGACGUGCCAAGCUUUGGUUCGAUUAAAACGAAAGGCCCGACACCGGCUGAGCAGGUGGGUCUCGGUCUGUUUCUAAAGGAAUUCUAGUGCGGUUUGUUGGAAGUAUGAACACAAUACGAACCAAACACGGGACGUGAUGACACAAGAUGCGACACUAAACGUGCAGCGACAGAAGAAAGUUCAUUGAAAGCAAAAAAAGUUUUCCAAUACAGUUCGGUAGUCAUUGGAAAUGUAGGCCUGCGUCGUCUAAACUUUGUAGCGUACCUUCCUAGGUAUGUGCAGCGGAACAAUGGCUGGCGUUAUUUUGUCUCCUUUAUCCAUUUUAGCCGUAGUCUGUGUCAUGCAUGUGUCAUACAUCACUUAAUUAAUUUGGUUCGAUUGGAGUGAACGCUAAACAAACCAGGACUAAGAUGUAACAAAGGGGCCUUUAUCAUUUUCUUGUUUGGUCCGGACCAAGGGAACCGAACUACAGGUAUGAACACAGAUUGCAAACAAUCUCAGAAUUUAAUAAAUUGACACGAAGUCAAGCAAAAGUCUUUAAUACUGCCACAUAUCAAUGCAUCUCAGUGUAAAACCUAAAAAAAACACUCAAGCUUACUAUCAGUCACUCCUCACUUAUCAACUGUGAUAUUAAAACCGUUUUUAGGGCAUUUGCACCCAGAGUUGAAAUGGUCAGCCCACAUACAAUGUAUCCUGCCCAAACUGGAUGUAUUAAGGGCAUCUGUCAUCGAAAAUGUGUAGAUAAAUUACAUUUGUAAAUAUCUCAAAUGAAACUGGCAAAUUUUCUGUCAGAUUUUCUAGCAAAGUUAUUUGUAUUUUGUUAACUGGUCAAAAAAUUAACAAUCUACUUAAUGAAAUAAAUGAACAAUGUUCCCCAGCUAAAUCCCAUCUCUUCCUGCAUUAAUAGUAGUAUUAAACACCUCAGCAUUAAUAUUUCCCUCAAUCUAUCAGAUCUUUUCCAGGUAAAAACUAGGGAUAAAAAAAAAAA